GACAAAGGUGGUGCACAGCAACCGAGCCAGUGGUGGACGGCAGGUGUGCGCCAUAGGCCGCGGCUGUCGUGCUCAGGGACGCUCCUAGCUGGUAGUCAAACUGAGUAUCCGCGUGUGUCACUGAGCUCAAGAUGCGUGUCGGUGACCUGGAUGGUUGACCUCUGCCGGUGGUCCGCCGUCUCCGAAGUGGCGUUUCAGGGCACGGCAUCUGGCGGCGCUCUGCGGCCAUGGGGUCGGCGGCGAGCGCUGUGCCACUGUGGGUGCUGACGGCUGCCCUGCUGGGCGCCGCGCUCGGCCGCCAGCCGUUCACGGUGUGCAACAACAGCUGCUGCACCGUGCUGCCCAGCUGCGGCGCUGCAGCAUUGCGAGUGUCGUGCAACUACUCCGGGGCUUCGAUGACUCUGCGAAGGGGAGAAAUUCCGCACAGUGUGCUGUCGCUCAGCAUAUCACAUGCGAAGCAAGUAAUCAUUCAUGAAGAUGCAGUAAAUGAUUUGAGCCAACUGACCAACUUCAGCAUUCGGGAUGUCGACCAAGUAGAAAUACGCAGACACGGAAUGGCGCUUUCUGCGAAUUCGGAAAUGAGGUCGGUGAAGUUUGAAGGCAUUGGGACACUUCGCAUCGAAAGCAACGCUUUUUCGGGAGUCUGGCAAGCAAGGGCUAGCAUUCGAAUCGGUCGCGUAUCACGUCUUCAUAUGAAGCCUAACGCCUUGGCCUAUAUGACUGCUGAGGUUGGACCCAGCCUCGACAUCUGGCAGGUUGAUAUGCUUGACCUAAGCUCCGGAGGGGUAAUGUCUCCGUUAUAUUACCUAAAGCUUAAUGGCGUUACCAUGAUCACAUGCAACAAGAAAAGUUUCCAUGGAAAAAUUGACACCGUGACACUGAACAACGUCACAAUUAUUGAAGUGAUGCCGGGUUGUUUCAGCGAUUUGCCACGUCUGAUCAUCCAAUCGAGUAAUAUCAGUACAGUCGAGACUCAAGGCUUUGUGGGCAGGAUCCUGGAAUUAAAGAUCAAAGACACCACUUUCGAACAAAUCAAACCGAUGGGCGUUAACGUCACGACCACCACUAUGCAAAUUGGCAAAUCACGUAUUGAAAAACUAUUUGGAAACGGCAUAUCUGCAAAGGCCAAGCUCGAGCUCAAACUUGAAGACCUGCAAAUCGACAAUUUAACCAAGGACGCGCUGGUUGGGCUGAACCUUUGGCGGGGUAGCCCACACCAGACCAUGGAAUUGACAGGCCUAGUCGUGCCGCACGCGGAAGACGGUUCGCUGGCGUUCGCCGACUGCGCCGAGAUCCGGGUGAGCAGCCUGCAUCUGACGCCACCCUAUCCGCGAGUCUGUCCCACGGAGAAGUGGGUGCGCCAGCUAACAGGAGCCGAGCCGAGCGGGGAGCUGAGCACGGCACAGUACCAAAUCUUCCAGGAGCUCUGGGGGGAACACCUUUGCGACGAAGAUAGGCGGACAUCUUUGCCCAAACAGCGCUCAGGUUGUGAGACAGAAACACGUGCUUCCGACGAAGACUUCAUCGAGUAUGACGACAAGUGGUACGACUAUGUGUACGCUGAGAGCGGAAAGGAGCAGGAGGUCGACGGCUAUAUGGAUUGGGAGGAUCAGCCCCUGGAUCACCUCGCUGAAUUAUCACCAGAAGGAGGCGACGGAAGACGCACUGUUGUUGUCAAUAGUGCAGAGGAUAUUGUCGCUGCAGAACGUCCAGAAGAAGCAGACGACUGUGUGACACUCAACGACUCCAAUUUGCAGCCUAAGACAGUCGAGCAUUCAGAGAGCAUCAAAGAGAGGGAGUUGGAGCGCAACGACGACCAUGAGACGAACACGGACUCGGAACACCCACCCGUAGCCAACCAUGGCCUGGGUUCAAAGCUGGGGCAAGAAUCCAACAGCUCCACAACACGUGUUCCCAACCAAAUCACGGACACUUCGCCAAAUUUGGGGAAACAGCAGGACACUCUGGCAGAGCCUGCAGGGGGAUCAGAGGUUCCAUCCGGGGGCGAGGGGCGCGCGGAGACCCCGAUCGCCCACGGCGGGCUGCUCGAGCAGCACCAGAUGCUGGUGUUCCUGGUGCUGGGAGCCGUGCUCUCGCUGGCUAUUGUGCUUCUGGUGUCCCUGCUGUUCCUGGUUUUGAAACGACGCCGCGCACACAGCGCCAAGCCGGCUCCGGACGUCCACCUCCUGGACCUGGUGGCGAGCAUUCCUCCCGCGUCGCUCGUGGACAGCGGGCGGACCCGGCCCACGUCCAGCGGCUCGGAGCCCGCCUCGAUGGAGGGCCACUUUUACGAGGAAAUCAAAGAGCCCUCGCUGGGAGUGCCGGCGUUCCCCGCUCCACUGCCGCCGCAGCUGUACCAGAAUACCCAGAAUGACCGCUCCCGCCUGCCUUUCGAGUAUGAACGGCUGCUAGAUCGCUGAAUGAAAUGAAUCCAGCAGAGAGGUGCAAAGUGCGAGCGGCGGAGUGGGCAAACUUCGCCGCAGCUGCAAACAUCAGAGGGUAGUCGACAGACUGAGUCACUGACCGCACUCUGGCAGUUUGGACUCUGGUGAACCGCCCAUGAACGUGUGCUGAAUAACCUGUAUCGGUGCUGACUGAACCGCCUCGGAGCUGGUGCUAGUCAACAGAAUAUUUGACAGAAGUAGCGCUGUGCCACCAGCGUGACCCGUUGACGAAUAUCUACGGACAAUUAGGUAUGUAAAUAGUGCAGUUUUGUAAAUGCCUCAAAUAACUAAAUUGCAACGUUGGUGCACCAGUGGAAGCUGCGCUAUAGCACGUUACGUACACUGGGAAGCUGUUGCGGUAUUCUUGCCGAAAAUGUGUUAAGAACACUGCAAAUGUCUAUACUUAGCUCAAUUAGGCAGGGGUGGACAAAUGUGCCGAGUUGGGGUAGCACGAGUCUUCCCAAUUCCACGACGGCUGCGCCGGCUUGGCUUUGGAGCCGCACCUGACAGCGGAGGUCAAGGUCACCGCCAGGGCGGCGGCGGAUUUGCUGCGCCCGUGCAACCCCAACUCGGCAUAUUUAUCCACCCCGGCAAUUAGGGGCCUGUUUAGGUUUCAAAUUGACAAGGUACUGCUUGCCACAACCGUAUUGAGCAUUUUCAAUUCUGAUUUUGACAUUUCGCCUGCACCUCCCGAAUUGGAAAACUCAGCCUGCGGACUGUAGUAAUGAUUGAGAAGAGCGCUGAUUUAGUGUGUAUGCAAUGAACAAUGAUUAUAACGUGGCGUUGAUCGCGAAUAAAUGACAUAUCUCA